AUGGAAGACAAAAAGUCAAGGUCCACUGAGAGGCUCCCCUUCAGUAACUUUUCGAGCACAUGAAGAACAGCUUCACAAGGAAAUAGUCGUACCAACAGGUUCAUCAGAGUCAAACCUCAUCCAAUAAAUAGGAACAAGAGUCUUGAGAAAAGUUCUAACAGAUCAUGUGAUUUUAACAAGAGUGUUGACGCAGUUGCUAUGAGGAAAGGAGUCCAUAGCUUUGGUCUCCCGUUCUAUAAACCACCGAAUAAUGACUAUCUGUGGAAAAAGACCCCUCAACAUGGAAUCCCAAAGUCUCAAGCUGGGAGGUACCUUGACAAACAUGCAAGCAGUUUGAAAUACGUUCCGUGCUGUACCAAGUACAGCAAGAUUCGCCAGUGGAACAGUCAAUGGAUGGGCCAGUUCAGAAGACAGAAAAGGGUCACAAUGAGUCAAUACUUUAUCGACAAAGCUAACAAAACCCCUGCUUGCAAUCAAUAUAAGACCCAAAAAAACUUUAAAAUAAAGGGAAAUUAUAAAUCAACAAUUGAUAAAAACUCAGUAUUUGACUCAAUAAUUGAAGACAAAAAGAUAGUGCCAGCUCCGACAAAAUAUAAACUAAAUCAUAGCUUAACGAUGAGGAGAACUCAUAUUACCAAAUUUCAGAAGGAUGCCGGAAAAUACAGCAGAAUGAGCAAGAUUACAAAAGACGGAAAGCCAGGACCCGGCUCUUAUGAUACCCAAAGUUCAAUAGAGAAAACCCAAUGGAAACCUCCUCCAGGAGUCCCUAUAAAGGAGAUAAAAGGAGUCCUAACUCAUUUAGAUUCUUUAGUCCAUAAUAAGAAGAAAAUUCCUGGUGUGGGUCAUUACAAGGAUUAUGAGAAGGCUGCUGAUAAAUUUCAUCAAAUUAAGACCUGAAUCCACAAAGGUGGCAUUACAGUCAGGAGAUUCAAGAAAGGCAAGUACUAAAUUCCAGAGCGAUAAGAUUAGAUAAAAUUAGCAAACAA